AUGACGCGAGCAGAAACAGAUCGAUCGUCGCGAACUUCAUCCUCCGGCAUUGAUUCCUUAGAGCAACAAGUGACGCGCGAUGAUCCGCAUCAAAACGGAACGUUGGAAAAGCAGACAACUGCCGCGUCAGGUCUGUCGGUGUUUGAGAAUCGCGCGCACUCGGUGAUCUCAAGGAUUCGGAGUCGAGAGCCCGGUCAGGAUGCGCCCUUUACCCAUCCGCUCUCGCAUACUAAAACCACGAGUGAUGUCAUCGUGGACUUUGAUGGUCCGGAUGAUCCCUAUAAGCCUAUCAAUUGGCGGUUUCAGAAGAAAUGUAUAACUACCUUGCUAUAUGGUCUGACGACGAUGGGUGCUACCUGGGCGAGUUCCAUUUACUCGACUGGUACGAAGCAAGUUGACUCGGAGUUUGGAGUCGGCGAAGAAGUUGGGACGCUCGGUACCUCUUUGCUACUCUUUGGCUUCGGUCUGGGUCCUCUCGUCUGGGCUCCGCUAUCCGAAGUUUACGGGCGUAAACCUGCGGUCUUGUUACCAUAUUUCAUUGCCGCUUGUUUCUCCUUUGGUACGGCUGCGGCCAAAGACCUGCAAACAGUGAUGCUCACUCGAUUCUUCGCCGGGUUCUUUGGCUCCGCGCCGAUCACCAACACCGGUGGCGUCUUGAGCGAUAUCUGGACAGCCGAACAACGAGGCGCGGCCAUCGUAGGAUAUGCCAUGGCCGUUGUCGGAGGCCCGGUGCUAGGUCCUAUUGCUGGCGGUGCCAUUUGCCAAAGCUACCUUGGAUGGAGAUGGACGGAAUAUUUAACCGGCAUCAUGAUGGUCUUCUUCCUCGUCAUGGACGUCCUCUUCCUCGACGAAAGCUACCCACCAGUCCUCCUAGUCUACAAAGCACAACGCCUCCGCUUCGACACAGGCAACUGGGCGCUCCACGCGCGCCACGAAGAAUGGGACGUGACCUUCAAAGAGCUUGGCAACAAAUACCUCAUCCGACCCUUCGCCCUCCUCACCACACCCAUCUGCUUCCUCGUGGCACUCUACGCCUCCUUCGUCUACGGUAUCAUCUACCUCAGUCUCGCCGCCUUCCCGGUCGAAUUCCAAGAAGUGCGCGGCUGGAACCAACUCGUCGGCGCCCUCCCCUUCCUCGCCUACCUCGUCGGCAUCUUCUUCGCCGCAGCCGUGAACCUCCUCAACCAAAAAUUCUACAUCAAACGCCUCCGCGCCAACAACGACUUCCCCGUCCCCGAAGCCCGCCUACCCCCCAUGAUGAUCGGGUCCAUCCUCUUCGCCGCAGGCCUCUUCAUCUUCGGCUGGACGGGCGACCCCAAGAUCCACUGGAUCGGACCCCUCAUCGGCGCCGUCCUGAUGGGUUUCGGCUUCUUCACCAUCUUCCAAGCAGCCCUGAACUACCUCAUCGACACAUUCCAGAAAGUCGCCGCCAGCGCCGUCGCCGCGAAUACCUUUCUGCGCAGUCUCUUCGCUGGCUGUUUCCCGCUCUUCGCGCACAUCAUGUUCCGUGAGAUGGGCGUCGAUUGGGCAUCCAGUGUAUUGGGCUUCGUGGCCAUCGCGUUAAUCCCGAUCCCGUAUCUGUUUUAUAUUUUUGGGAAGAGGAUCCGCGCGAGGGGGAAGUGGUCGAGAGGGUCAGUUUAUGGGUAUUAA